AUGGCUUCUCCAGCCAGCGCAGCCCCGGGCACAGACGACGGUGGUCGCAGAAAGCCCCGCCUGGCGGCGUCAUUGCAGAUCAACCCUGGGCCCAGCCCCUGGAGGCCCUUAGCCAGCCUGGGGCAAGACCUAUGGGAACCCGUGCCCACCCCCAAUGUGGAGGACAAUGAGCAAGGCGGGCAGCUCCAGGCCUCCGCAGCAGGGGAUGGUGGGCCCGGGGCAGGGGCCGAAGUAGGGGCAGCCCCAGCACGGGAAGACUCGGGGGGAAGGAUGGGGAGGUCCCCGAGGGUCUCUGUCCUGCCCACAGGGUCCGUCGGGGACUUCCCUAUGGUGGCCAGACAGCUGAGCCUGCAGCUCAAAGACCCACCGCCAGAUCAGGCCGUGGCCUUGCUAGCUCAGCACGCGGCCAGUUUGGGCGUCUCUCUGAUCUUCCGUGAGGACAAGACACCAGACCCCGGCUUCCCCUUCUCUGUGCACGUGGAACUGGAUGGGGUGGUCUGCCCGGCAGGCACUGCCAACAGUAAGCUGGAGGCCAAGCAGCAGGCAGCUCUCUCUGCCCUCCACUACAUCCAGCGUCAGCUGGAGAGCUCAGAGUCCACAAAGCCCACGAAGACCCCCAGCAGGCCUCCAGUCGCCUCCCUGAGCGUAGAGAACAUCCUGACCCAUGAGCAGCGCUGCGCAGCCGUGGUCAGCGCCAGCUUUGAUCGUCUGGUGGAUGCGAGCUCACCAUACUGGGCCUGCAAGGGGACUGUGGCUGCGGUCAUCCUGGAGAGAGAGGUCCCAGGCGCCAGGGGCCAUGUCAAGGAGAUCUACCAGCUGGUGGCACUGGGCACUGGCAGCAGCAGCUGUGCCAACUGGCUGGACUUCUCGGGCCGGCAGCUCCAUGACUGCCAUGGUUUGGUCAUUGCCCGCAGGGCCCUGCUCAGGUUCUUGUUCCGGCAGCUCCUGCUGGCCACAAAGGGGGGCUCCAAGGGCAAGGAGCGGUCCGUGCUGGCCCCCCAGCCAGGGCCUGGGACCUCCUUCGCCCUCAAGCCUCGGAUCUUCCUGCACCUGUACGUCAGCAACACCCCUAGGGGAGCUGCCCAGGACAUCUACCUCCCGCCAUCCUCGGAGGGCAGCUUCCUGCACAGCCCCGCCUUCCGCCUACAGGCCCAUGUCCGCGGGGAGCUGAAGCCCGUGUGCUACGUGGCCCCUGCGCUCCGGGACACCCACGUGGGCUGCCUCUCGGCCAGCGACAAGCUGGCACGCUGGGCUGUGCUGGGGCUAGGGGGCGCCUUACUGGCUCACUUCCUGCCUCCCCUCUACGCCACCAGCCUUGUCCUGGCUGACCCCUGCCACGACCCCCCAACUCUGAGCAGGGCCAUCCAUGCCCGGCCCAGCCUAGAUGGGGUCAUGGGGCCAUGCCUGCCACCCCCCUACACCCGCAACACGCUGCACCUGUUUGCAGGGCCCUCAGUGGCCCCCUCCGACACCACCCCCAACAACUCCCACGGCCUCAGCCUUAACUGGAGCCUGGGGGACCCUGAUGUCGAGGUUGUGGACGUGACCACCGGGCGUGUGAAAGCCAAUGUAGCUCUCGGACCUCCCUCCCGCCUCUGCAAGGCUGCCUUUCUCUGGGCCUUCCGCCAGGCUGCCCAGGCUCUCGGGAAAUCCCACCUCCUGGCCUUGAAGACCUAUGAGGAAGCCAAGGCCGGGCCCUACCAGGAGGCUCGCCGGCAGCUAUCUCUCCUCCUGGACCAGCAAGGCCUGGGGGCUUGGCCCUCGAAACCAUUGGUGGGCAAAUUCAGAGACUGA